AUGGUCUUAGCGGCUUGCUCCUCUUAUUUCCAGUGCUUAUUUACUGAGUUACCUUGCCGGCAUCCAGUUGUUGUGUUGAAAGAUGUAAGGUACAGUGAAAUGAAAGCGAUUUUAGAGUACAUGUACAGAGGAGAGGUAAACGUAGCUCAAGACCAGCUUGCUGCUUUGUUAAAAGUUGCAGAAGCCUUGAAAGUUAAGGGUCUGGUUGAGGAGAAUGGAAAUUCGCAACAGAAAAGGACAGAAGAAGAGGGUAACGCUAUCACAACAUCGACUACACUACUACCCAAUGCCAGUAGCAGCGUCAAUACUGAAGAAUCACCUCCUCAUUCCACUGGAGUUUACCCAGCUGGAUUCUCAAAAUCACCUUAUGCCUAUGGGAAGACGGGAGGAGAACGAAGUUCCAGCAGGAUGUCAGGAGGUUCAUGGCCUAUGACAGGAUUUUCGGUUUCGAACCAGUCUGUUCCAUCAACUCAUACAGGUGCAACAUUAAACAGAUGUUAUGAUGUAGUAACUGCAGAUAUGCCACCUUUAAGAAGGAAAAAGUUAUCGAGUCUUUUGAUGAGUCGAGAUACUCCAAUACUUCGCACUGUUCUAGGCCAAGGUCAAGCGGAUUCCUCUCAACCCGUACCUUUGGUUUGUAGACCAGACAGCCAUGAACAAGGAAAUAUCUCGCCUUUUACAAAUGGAUCUGUAGCAGAUAUUGAGAAGAACAUUAAACCAGACCCUUCUCUUGGUGAUGCUCCAUCACCAUAUACUGACAUUUCCACAGCAGAAGAAGACAACAGUGAACGGCAAUCUCGAACUAACCUUCAUUCUUCAGUACCCCAUUCUAUGUAUGGAGAGACAAAAGGUGGAGUUUCCUCAGCAAUUGCCACUUAUAUUCCAACCCCUAAACCAGAAUGGAAACGUUAUAAACAGUAUACUAGGAAUGAUAUUAUGUCAGCUAUAGAAGCAGUGAGAAAUGGAAUGAGUGCACUUCAAGCAGCCAGGAAAUUUGGUGUACCUUCUCGUACACUCUAUGAUAAAGUGAAGAAGCUAGGUAUCACUACAAGCAGACCUUUCCGACGAAGUUCAAGUAGUAAUGGUAGUGCUGCUUUUCCUUAUGGUUUAACGAGUACAGGGUCAAUGGUUUAUGGAGGAGUGGAAGAUGAAACAAAGUAUUCUCCAAGCAUAAUGGAUCACGGAUUUCUCCAACAUGCUUUAGAAGCUCACAAUAUAAAAAGAGAAGAUAUUGAACGAGAAGCAAUGGUUGCCAUGGUAGCUGCAACAAAUACUGAGAACAAUAGUAGAAGUUCUUCAAGUCCAAGAACGAGUGAACACCCCUUGAGUCCCAAUUUGAUCAAAUAUGCUCAUCGAAGAUCUCCUACUCCUGAACAAAUUGAAGAAGAUUCGAAUCAAGUAGAAGAUCUUUCAAUUACUCGAAAACCUGAAGCUGCUUCUGCUUCAAGAGUCAUCAUGCCGCCUAUGAGUCAAGCAACAGCCAUGGUAACAACUGGAAAUGAUCCUCAGGAUAGUACUGACUGAUUUAUAUUAUAAUAUCAAUAAGUAAGUUUUUAGAAUUUU